AUGGCAGGGCCCGACACUCAAUCCUCCGGGGAGGUAGAGAGCCUGCUGGGAAAGGAGCAGAAUGCACGUUGGAAAUCGCAAAAGCAGUCAAGGACCCGAAGAUGGAUUGCACUGAUCUUCAUCGCCCUGCUGGUCAUUUUGGUACUGGCCGCGUACUGCGUGACAGGACCCUGCCACGAGUCCUCACAUUCCACGACAGAGACGUCUAAUUCUAUGGCGCAGCCCGACGUACUUGCUGCAUCGCUUUUGGAUUCAUCAGAGAUAACGUCACGGCGGGAACCUGCCUGUCAUACUGUCAAUGACGGGUAUCAAUGCAAUCCGGCCAUCUCGCAUCAAUGGGGCCAGUACUCGCCCUACUUCUCUCUUGCAGAGGAAUCGGCUAUCUCAGAUGAGGUCCCUGAUACCUGUGAAAUUACUUUUGUUCAAGUCGUAUCCCGCCAUGGUGCUCGUUUGCCGUCGGCGGACAAGAGCAAGAAGUAUGCCGAGCUCAUCGGAGCUAUCAAGGCCAACGCGACUGCAUACAAGGGCAAGCUGGAAUUUCUCCGCUCAUACGAAUACAAGUUAGGCAGUGAUGACUUGACACCGUUUGGAGAGCGCCAGAUGGUCGGUUCGGGCUUGAAGUUCUAUCAGCGAUACCAGGACUUGGCCAGACGGGCUGUGCCCUUCAUUCGUUCAUCUGACUCGGAGCGUGUGAUAGCGUCUGGCGAGAAAUUUAUCAAGGGCUUCGAGCAUGCGAAGUCUCACGACAAAUGUGCCGAUCAUCGACAGUCAAGUCCCAAGAUCAGCGUCAUCAUCUCAGAACAGAAAGGGUUCAACAACUCUCUGAAUCAUAACACAUGCACAAAGUUCGAGGACGAUGAUCUGAAAGACGGUAUCGAGAACCACUACACAUCCAUAUUCGCACCGCCAAUCCGAGCGCGCCUCGAAGCUGGUCUUCCAGGCGUUCACCUCGAGGAUAACGAUAUUCCCAGUCUGAUGGACCUCUGCCCUUUCGAAACAGUUUCACAGACUUUCAACGCAACCAAGCAAUCACCAUUCUGCGACCUCUUCACUGAGAACGAAUGGAAACACUACAACUACCUCCAAUCGCUCAGCAAAUACUAUGGUUAUGGCGCUGGCAACCCCCUCGGCCCUGCCCAGGGUGUCGGUUUCGCAAACGAACUGAUCGCACGACUGACUCACACGGCAGUGCGCGAUGAAACAAGCACAAACCGUACCCUAGACGCCCCUGGUGCCGCGACUUUCCCGCUCAACCAUACUGUAUAUGCAGACUUCACGCAUGACAAUGGGAUGAUACCAUUCUUCUUUGCUUUGGGGCUGUAUAACAGCACCGCUCCACUACCACGCACCCACCCCCAGCCCACCGACAAAGCGGACGGUUACUCGGCCGCUUGGACGGUGCCGUUUGCUGCCCGUGCUUAUAUAGAGAUGAUGCAGUGUCAUUCAGACCCGGAUCCGGAGCCUUUCGUUCGGGUCCUCGUUAAUGAUCGUGUUGUUCCGCUGCAUGGUUGCUCGGUUGAUUCUCUUGGUCGUUGUCGCCGUCGUGAUUUCGUGAAUGGUCUUACAUUUGCACGUUCUGGCGGUAACUGGGACCAGUGCUUUGACUAG